GACUCACUCCUUCCACACUUCUUGCUCUGUCUUCAUUUCCAGGAGCUCUGGAUCUCACAUGAGCCACAUUUUUCUGCAAUCUCCAACGAUCCAAAAUGGAGGAGUUUGAUGAUGAGUUUUACUAUCAUGAAAACUUCACCUACAACUUCAGCUACGAUGACUACCCCUCUUUGUGUGAAAAAUCUGAUGUGCGCUCAUUCGCGGGGGUCUUCCUCCCUGUAGUCUAUUCCCUGUGUCUCAUCAUAGGUCUGGCUGGUAACGCCUUGGUGGUGGCCGUCUACAUUUACUACAAACGCCUAAAAACGAUGGCAGAUGUCUUUUUGACCCAUUUAGCUGUUGCCGACCUGUUGCUUCUCUCCACUCUUCCUUUUUGGGCUUUCGAUGCGUCCCGAGGAUGGAUACUAGGAGAAACACUUUGCAAAAUCGUUUCCUCCUGCUAUACAUUGAACUUUACGUGCUGUAUGCUAUUAUUAGCUUGCAUUAGCAUCGACAGGUAUCUAGCUUUGACAAAGAUGCAAGGUAGUGACAACUCUGGAUGCUUAAGACACUUCAAUAGGAAAAACUGCUGGAAAGUUUGCAUUGCAGUCUGGGCGAGUGCUUUCCUCCUGGGCUUUCCUGAUUUGAUGCUCUCUGAAGUGAGGCAUGCUGGGAAUCGUAGUUUUUGUAUAGCAGUGUACUCGUCAAUGGGUAGAGCAGGUAAAGCCACUAUUGAGAUGUUUGAAGUCAUUCUAGGAUUUCUGAUUCCGCUUUUAAUCAUGAUGGUUUGUUACUGCAAAGUGGGACUUAUGCUUGGGAAACUUCCAAUUCAAAGUAAGAGUAAAAGGUGGAAGGCAAUUCGUGUUCUUUUGAUAAUAGUAGCGGUAUUUGUGAUCACCCAGCUGCCUUACAACAUACUAAAAGUGUACAGAACAAUGGACACUAUUUACACCAUAGUGAUUCAUUGCGAGACCAGUAAAGUCAUGGACAGAGCAUCUCAGGUGACAGAAAGCCUGGCGCUCACUCACUGCUGCAUCAACCCCCUCCUCUACACGUUUGUGGGAUCCUCGUUCAGAAAGAACCUAAUGAAAGCGGCAAAACGAUUCGGAAAAAACAACAGGAGCAGACGCCAGAGGACUGAGGAAGUGGAGAUGUCCUUCAACUCUCACAGCCAGUCGCAACAAACUGAUUCCUUUUCUAUUUGAGCGGAAAAAGUGUGGCGUGGAGGUUGAGGGUUCAAUGUUUCCUAGACUGGCUGACUACUCAACGUAUUGGUGUCUUCAGAGUGUACAUUUGGGUGGUUUUCCACAUCGCUUGAUCCUAGUUUGAUCCCAGGUUUAGUUCUGACAUGGAUAUAGACACAAAUCUUGUUAUAAUCCUGGUCUAGUUCCAGGUUUAGUCACAGUUUAGUCCAGUUUAGAUUAGUGAGUGCCCUUACUGGCCUUUUAUCCAGACUUUACGCAACCAAACACCCACAGCUGCUUACUGCUUGGAUGUCACUGCUGGUUUGGACUUAAAAGAUAUUAUUUUCUCAUUCAUAUUCAUCAGCUCAUUUCUUUUAAGUAAACAAGGCAAGUCUUCUACUGGAGGAAAUGGAGACCCACUUCACCUUAUUGUUAGAGGGGUUUCCAAGUAGUCAUGCCAGUUAACUAAUACAAAAUAUUAACUUUUGUAUAGACAAAUGUGGCUUAAAUAAGUAAGUUUUAAAACAGCAGCUGGUCUUUCAAAGGUUUGAAGGUCAGAUAACACAUGUGUGUAUUGAGGCGGAACAAAAAUGUGGAAUUCAUUUGAAAGUUAAAACUACGACUGAAAUACCAACUGUGGUCUGUAUUUGGUUUUGUGUAAAGUGUUGCAAACUGAACACAUAAUUGUAAAUCAUGUUUAAAGAACAUCCUGACAAGUAAUUAAUGCUUUGCCUAAAAGAAUGUGGGAUUGUAGAUUUUGUUUCUGAGUCUGCAAAAAGCAAACUGAACACUACCUUGAGUAUAUGACAGAGAUAAAUUACUAAAUGAACAUUUGAUGAGUGACAGCACCAACCUUGAGGCUGCAUUCUGGCUCAGCUUCCACUGAACUGUUUGGCUGGCAAGUCCAGAGUGACAUCUUAUCACAAUCAAGUAUUCAAGAUGUAUUUCGGAUCCCAGGCAACUGAACUGCAACAAAGUGCACAAAAACUUGUACAUUUUUUUUCCAAGCACAUCUUUGUAAAUAUGUUGUGAAAAAUGAAAUAAACCUACUUUAUACUC